ACGCGAUGGAUCAGCUGAUCCGUCACGUGACUCGCCCUUUUGCAAGAUGGAGUUAAGCGAGUCUGUGCAGAAGGGGCUGCAGCUCCUGGCCGAUCAGUCCACCGUGAACCACAGCAGCUUUCAGGUGCUGCUAGAUGUCUCCUUCCGGGGACUGCUCUCCUCCCGGGCCGACCCCACAGUCCUCGAUCAGCCCGAGCUGAAGCACAUGGACAGGAUCCUGCUGAAGCAGAGCCACGCAGCCCUGACCACCUUCAUCCUGGAAGCGGUCAAACACAACGCCGACAAGUCCACGAUAAGCUCCUGCCUUGAGGAGCUCACAUUCAGCACAGACAGAAUAGAAAUAUUCUUCAGCACAUAUCAGAAACAUAAAAAAGACAUAGAGCAUCUGUUGAGCAGGUAAGAAUAAAAACUGGAGAUUCCCGCCCCCCCUAUUGCUGAACCGAAUAAAGUUUUUGAAAGACUUUUGUGUCAUGAAAAAAUGAACCUAAUGGUGGGGGAUAAGGGGGUGGGGGGGUGUGGGGGUGUGGGGGGGGGUGUAGAUCAGGGCUGAGAAAGUAUAAUAUCAGCAAACUGGUCUGGUAUGAGAUUUGGACAUGAGGACCAAAGCAGAUGGAUGUACCCUAUAAUUUCCUAAACCCACAAUUUUCCCCCAAUAACAGAUCCCGAAUA